GCUGUAAUGUACGGACACAAUCCAGACUCUAUUAGCUCAAGAAAACUACCUUGCACCUACGGUAUAAGUGUAACUGUACCAUUUGAUGAAAGUCGACACCCCAACUCAAAGAGAGUCUUGCGCGACGGAAUGUACAAGUGCGAGGAUGUCUUUAAAGUAUUUAUUAAGGCGGGCACCACAGUCGUACCACAUAAAACAAGUAUAAAGUAUUCGUUCUGCGCGCCAUUCAUAGGUACCUCAAUGGCAACAGUGGAGGUAUACAGAACCCAGUCGGAGAAUCCUAUUUAUGUAUCAGAUGAUGGAUGCUAUCGGGUUGGAGAGAUAUCAAUUGUAUUUCUUGGGAGACCAAGGAAAGACCAACAGCGGCUGGAUGUAGUGAUGAUGUUUGGAGACACUGAACUACACGUGACUGCAAAAGAACACGGAACAAACAAUAAAGCGUCCGCAAAAUUCAAUUUCCUUAGAUAAAAAGGCCUAGAUAUAAACUAACACUUUUGAUAAAAACAAAUUAUAAAGUAAUGUGUUAUUGAUAGUACAUGUACAUAGGCUAGGAAAGUAACAACACACGUUUGUUUUGGUCGUGUGUAAAGUGGUCGAUGCCAGUUUUCUGCAGAAUUCUACUAAUUGUUCCUCAUUUCUGUAUUGGAACUACUCUUUUACUGAAGUACCUAACGUCCUUGCAUGGAUCAAAUAUAGUAUUGUAUACUAUCAAAUCCAAAUCCUGACGUAGAACUUUCACCUUAACACAUGCGGACUAAAUGAACUUAAUUUCUUGAUGUCCUUUACCAGCGUCAUAAAUUUGGUUAGGCUAGAUUGUAACAAUUGUUUUAGUUUUAUUUGAAUGUUUAAAAAAUGUAUCAUUUAAUGUAAUAAAAAACUAUAUGUAACAGUUUCCGAAAUAAUUUUUGCAGAAUACUUGAAUGAUAUUAUGUAGGAAUUUAAACAAUGUUUACGAUUUUUGUUCGUGCUACAUGUACUUCUCUAUACGUUUGCAUUUGUGUAUGCGAGUAUGUGUCCUUGGGUCAUCCGGUGAUAAAUUUAUUUUCUCUGUUAUUGCAAGCUUUAUUACAAGAGUCUUUAGGACUAUAAUUUUGUGAUAACGUUUACGAUGCCAGUGAAAGACGUUUUGUUUAACUCAUUAAACCAUUUUAUGUAAUCUAAUGUCUUAGUGUUAAUAUUUUUUUGAGAAUCAAACAUAUACCGAUAUAUUUAAUACUGUUUUAUCAUAUGUAAUAUUAUCUGUAUUCAUUUUCUUUUGUUGUGAUAUAUUGUUUACUUUCUGUUUCAAUUGUUACGUUAUAUAUCGUAUAAAACUGAACACUA